GCCCCCUCACCACCCACACAGGUAGGAGCUUCUAGAACCAGCCUGGGCCCCAGGGACACUGAAGCCCGAGCUUGGUGACCACCACAAGCAGGCCCCAUCCUGAGCCUGCAGGACUUAAGGAUCUAGGCUUGGGCCUGGGUCUCUCUGCUUGAAAUCCAUGCCGAAUUCCCUCGCUGGUGGCCAGAUCCUCAACCCUACUCUGGACACGGUUGACCUGGUGGACCGAAGUCUGAGAAAUGCAGGGGCCUCCAGUUCUGCCAGAGGUUUGGAGGCAGGGGACACAGAUCCUUGGGCCUUUCCUCAGCUGAAGGACACUGGCCAGCUGAAAGAGAUCAGCAUGGCUAGCAGGCUGCGCCGAGUGGUCAUCAGCUUCCUCAAGGCCUGUGGGCUCCUGGGCAGUCUCUACUUCUUCAUCUGCUCCCUGGACAUCCUCAGCUCUGCCUUCCAGCUGCUGGGCAGUAAAAUGGCCGGUGACAUCUUCAAGGAUAACGUGGUGUUGUCCAACCCCGUGGCUGGACUGGUCAUUGGUGUGCUAGUUACAGUGCUUGUGCAGAGCUCUAGCACAUCGUCCUCCAUUGUGGUCAGCAUGGUGGCCUCCAAAUUGCUGACUGUCCGGGCAUCUGUCCCCAUCGUCAUGGGUGUCAACGUGGGCACUUCAAUCACCAGCACCUUGGUCUCGAUGGCACAAUCGGGGGACCGGGAUGAGUUUCGGAGGGCUUUCAGUGGCUCGGCAGUGCAUGGCAUCUUCAACUGGCUCACGGUGCUGGUCUUGCUGCCAUUGGAGAGUGCCACAGCUGCCUUGGAGAGGCUGAGCAAGCUGGCCCUGGGUGCCACCAGCCUGCAGCCUGGGAGGCAGGCCCCUGACAUCCUCAAGGCAUUGACACAGCCUUUCACACACCUCAUUGUCCAGCUGGAUACCAGUGUGAUCACGAGCAGUGCUACCGGCAAUGUCACCAACAGCAGCCUCAUUAAGCAAUGGUGUGGCCUAAAGGGGGAGACGGGGAGCAGUCAGGAGUGUGGAUCCUUCAACCCCUGCACCGAGAGGAACAGCACAUCAGCACCCCUGGAAGAAAAGCUGCCUUGCCACCACCUGUUUGUGGGCUCGGGGCUCACAGACCUGGCUGUGGGCUUCAUCCUGCUGGCGGGCUCCCUGCUGGUGCUCUGUGGCUGUCUGGUCCUCAUCGUGAAACUGCUCAACUCAGUGCUGCGAGGCCGAGUUGCACAAGCGGUGAAGACGGUCAUCAAUGCAGACUUCCCCUUCCCCUUCGGCUGGCUGGGCGGCUAUCUGGCCAUCCUCGUGGGCGCCGGCCUGACCUUCCUGCUCCAGAGCAGCAGUGUCUUCACCGCAGCCAUUGUGCCUCUCAUGGGGGUCGGGGUGAUCAGCCUGGAACGGGCAUACCCCCUGCUCCUGGGAUCAAACAUUGGCACUACCACCACAGCCCUGCUGGCCGCCCUGGCCAGCCCUGCGGACAUGAUGCUCUUCGCCUUUCAGGUUGCCCUUAUCCAUUUCUUCUUCAACCUGGCUGGCAUAUUGCUAUGGUACCUGGUACCUGUCCUACGGCUGCCCAUUCCACUGGCCAAGCGCUUUGGAGACCUGACUGCCCAGUACCGCUGGGUGGCCAUUGUCUACCUGCUGCUGACCUUCUUGCUGCUGCCCCUGGCAGCCUUUGGGCUCUCCCUGGCAGGGGGUCCUGUGCUGGCUGCAGUUGGGGGUCCCCUGGUGGGGCUGGUACUCCUCAUCAUCCUAAUUAAUGUCCUGCAAAAGCAUCGACCAUCCUGGCUGCCCCACUGCCUGAGGUCCUGGGCUUGGCUGCCUCUCUGGCUCCAUUCUCUGGAGCCCUGGGACCACCUGGUGACCCACUGUUGCCCAAGCAGGGCCUGUAGCAAAUCCCAGACCUCUGACAAAGAGGCUUACUGCUAUGAGAACCCUGAGGUUCUGGCAUCCCAGCAGUUGUGAAGAGUGGGUGCCAUGGCAACCAGCCCAACCCACUGGCUUCAGGGCAUAGGAGCUGGACAGCCAGUUUGCCAGGCACCACUGGGUGAAGAGAUAGCUCCGGGGAUUCUGAGUCUCUUGUAACCUGCUUCUUUGCAAAUAAACAAGGCUAUUAUCUGGGA